AUGAUUCGCUUCUAUGUAUCUGAUCAUCAUCUCCAAUUCGACGACUCGUAUCUCCUUUAUCCCAAUAGACAGAGAAGCGUAGAUGCUCUUCGGGAGAGCUUAAGGGCUCAAGUUGAUUCAGCACUGUCUCUGCUACAACAAGGUAAUAAUGGAAUCAAGAAACUCUCUUUGCAAUGUGAAGAUGAUGAUUUUGAGUACCUUUGGCCUCAUACCAACCGAUGGAUAUCGAAUGCCGUGGAACAAGGCGUCUCUGAUCUGGAUCUGCGCUUUAAAACACCUAUUAUUUCCGGCGAAGAAGGAUACCACUUCAUGCGUCUUCUUCCUUGCAGUCUCUUCCGAAGCAAGACAUUGGUCAAGCUUACAUUAGGAACAGAGACUUGUAUUGGACAUAAUCCUUUACCAAUGGUAGUGGUUUCUCUUCCCGUGCUUAAGAGUCUCUUCCUCCAUACAGUUUAG